AACCGUUUGGAAUGUUGUGUUUUUCUUCAGCCGAAUGGAAGACUCCAUCGAAGUUAUCCUGCAAGACUUUGAGAAAGUCCUCCCUUUGAGCAGUCCUCAUCCGUUGUUGUCGGCCUGCACCGGCGCGCUGUUCGCAGGCCUCUAUGGAGUGUGGAGCCUAUUCACGAUGCCCGGCUUCCGCAAAAUCCCAUCCAACCUGAAGGUGCCCUAUCUGCCCUCCAGUAGAGAUCAAACACUGAACAUCAUGAAGCUGCUCGAGGGCCGCACAGGUCGCUUAGCAGAUCUGGGAUCGGGAGAUGGGAGGCUGGUGUUUGCCGCCUCCUCUGCUGGCUUCAAGUGCACUGGCUUCGAGAUUAACUCCAUUCUUGUUGCGUAUGCCAGGUCAAGGGCCCGUUGGACCGCAGUGCCUUCCAGCCAGGCUACCUUUGUUAAAAAAGACUUUUGGAAGUCUAAUUUGUCACAGUACGACAACGUGACGGCUUUUCUAGCUACAGGAGUGAUGGAAGUUCUCGGAGAGAAGCUGCUGAAAGAACUUCCUGAUGAUGCCCGCGUCAUCGCUUGCCGCUACCCUUUCCCCGGCUGGCCUCACCAGUCCACUCUCGGGUCAGGACUCAACCAGACAUGGGCCUACGAUAUUGGCGUCGUGCGGUCCAGUCUGAGGGAGAGCCUCAAGUAAUGUGAAAGAGCAGUUGGGGCUUGUAUUUGCGCUCAGGUGACCCUCUAUUUGUGCAAAGCAUAUUUACGCAAGAUUAGGAUGAUGAUUGAAGAGAAUGACUCUUUGGCGUAUAUCUGAAUGUCCUGCACUACUUGCUCACCUUUGAUAAGUCGAAGCAUUUCAUGUUCGCAUAUGUGAAUUUCAUCGUAGUCGCUUUUUGUAUAGCAUAUAUAUAUUUUUAAUGUUUCUUUAAAAUGUGCUUCGUCAGGUUGAUCAUACUCUGACCUGGAAGUUGCACUUGAAAACAAACCCAUCAUGGAAGAAAAUGCAUCUUGAAAUUUGAUUUUCAGAAUUCCCCCGGAUCUGAGCUAAAUUGCACUACACACAGCACCGCCCAGGGGGCGCUCGUGCUUCAAACAGCUGCGAAGACAAACCACUAUGUGCUUGACGACUACAUAAAUCUAACAAUACUAAUACUGUCUAUGUAUAUGUGUGUGUGUGUGUGUGUGUGUAUAAAAUUUCCCCUUCAAAUAUGCUAAGUUAAAACUAAGCUAAUUGUAGACCCCUUUUUUUUUUCCCCCCGAAGUCCUAAAAAAAUUUAAAAAAAAUAAGUAUCUG